AUGUCGACUCCUUCAGGUCAGGCAGCGGCUAACGCUGCCAACAAGGCCGUAGCACCCAGUCCUGCCCAGCUCAAGGAGUGGAACAUUAGAGUGGGCAUCAUCGGUGGUAGCGGCAUUUACAAGCUGGAAGGGUUUCAGCUGGUUGCGACUGUCAACCCUCAGACACCGUGGGGCUACCCCUCCUCCCCCAUCACAAUUUCAAAGAAUGCGAGCGGCACCCACGUCGCUUUCCUCGCGCGUCAUGGUCUCACUCACAGCUUCACGCCAUCCACAGUUCCCGUCCCUGCAAACAUUGCCAGUCUCAAGUCUCUCGGCGUUAAGGCCAUCUUGGCCUUCUCAGCUGUAGGAAGUCUCAGGGAAGAAAUUGCUCCAAAAGACUUCGUAGUGCCUAGCCAGAUCAUCGAUCGGACCAAGGGGAUCAGGAGAGGAAGCUUCUUUGGUGAAGGAGAGGAUAAGGGAGUCGUGGCUCAUGCCAUGUUUGGCGAUCCCUUCUGCGAGACGCUGAGACCACUCGUCGAGAAGAUCGCCCGCGAAACUCUGGCAAAAGUCGCACCGAAUGUCAAGGUGCACGGAAACAAGACUGCGGUCUGCAUGGAAGGACCUCAAUUCAGCACUCGAGCUGAAUCUUUGAUGUACCGAGCGUGGGGAGGGGACAUUAUCAACAUGAGCGCUUUGCCCGAAGCCAAGCUCGCCAGAGAGGCAGAGCUUGCGUAUGCACUGAUCGCUACCGCUACGGACUACGACGCCUGGCGUCCGUCCGAAGAGUCGGUGGGAGUAGCAGAAGUGAUCGCCUGUCUGGUGGCCAACGUUCAAGCUUCUCAAAAGGUCACAGCUGCGCUCGUGGAUCCAAUUCACGCGCUGGUAAAGGACGACGAGAGCGAAUUGGUCAAGAAGCACGAAGGAACGAUGAGGGACAGCAUCAUGACCAGAUCGGAAGCUAUCCCGGAAAGCGUCAAACCUCGCAUCAGGUACAUUUUGCCUUGGUUCGCUGCUUGA